AUGGCUGGAAUAACUCUGGAGCUCGCCUCCCGAACCCUUGUUCCACAGUCUCCCUCUCUCACCAUCUUUGCCCCUUCUGACUCUGCGUUCGUUCCCUUGGAUUAUCUCCCGCUGUCUGUCGUCCAAUACCACCUACUCCCCCUCGCGUUCUCUUUCCAAAGCCUCAAAUCCCUCCCUUACGGAGCCAAGAUCUCCACGCUGCUCUCGGGACACCCGCUGAUAGUCACCACAUCACUGGAAGAUUAUCGACUUUCCUUAAACAACGUCACCAUCCCCUGGUCUCCGAUAUACGUUGACGGAUCUUUGAUAAUCUUUGGGAUCGACAAGUUCUUCGACCCCAAUUUUCAGUUUUUGGAUCUCUUCCCAAGCCAUAGCCCCAAUCUUGAGUGCUUCGCGUCCAGUACCGCGAACGAUGCAGUGGGUUCUCUUUCGGGCGCCUAUUCGUUCCAUGAAGCUUGUGCGACGCUGAGAUCCAAAGGAUGCUCUGUCAUGGCUUCGUUUCUUGACAUGCAGUUUCUUGAGCUUCAAGAACGGACCGUGUUGACGGUCUUCGCUCCAGUUGAUGGAGUGAUAAAGAAUCGUUUUAGCAGUUUCAUAGACUUUUCUUCGUCGAUUUUUCGUCGACACGUUGUCCCGUGCAGGCUUUUGUUGGGUGAUCUACUGAACAUGGAGGAUGGUAUGGUGCUACGGACUUAUUUGGAUGGUUUUACGAUCAAUGUCACCGGGUCCCAUGACGUACUGGUGCUCAACGAUGUUCCGGUUAUCUAUCCUGACAUGUAUGUCUGCGAUUGGCUGGUUGUUCAUGGCAUUCGUGACAUUCUUGAGGCGCCGAAGCAGAAGGAGGAAGCGCUAGGACCUCCAGCUGAGGUUCCAAAGCAAACAGAGAGAGAGCCGGAAUCGUCACCGGAGAUGCCAAAUCAGACAGAGCAACUUGCGGAUUAUUCAUAUCAAGUAGUAGCAGAUUAUUCAUUUCAGGUGCCAGAGAAAAUAGCACAACUAAAUUCUUCAUCUGAAGAAGGUAACAGUGCUGAGAAGAAUGCCAUAGGACAUUACCACUUUUCUACUUUUCCUUAG